AAAACAGUCUGAAUGAAGAGACAGAACAGAACAUAGCAGACGCCUCCCAGGAAUUCUGGUUCUUAACUUCUUACAUAGAAAAUUCUCAUAGGAGCAAGCACCCGAGAUUUUUCCGUCUGAAGGUUGCUGUUGUGAUGAGUUUCGUGUUGUUAUGUUCGAUUCUACUGGGGUUCUAACUUGAGAUUCCGGAGAUCGAAUUCCUCCGUGAAAUUUGUAACUGCGUGUCUCAUUUGGAGGUUUCGGGAAUGGAGAAAGCUCCAUCUCUGGUGUUUCUCUGCAUCCAAUCAAUCAAAACUCAGCUCCUCAGAGGCUGUGAUAAUCCAAUACCCGAUGUCUACGAGCUUCCGCCGCAUUUAUUUGGAGAUUUGAUUGCUCAAUUACCAGCAUUAGCCCUGCAGAAUCUGCAGACCGACAUGCCAUUCAAGAGCUGGGAUGACUAUGAACUCACUGAUGAUUGCUUGAAGAGUGGUAGAAAACGUGGAAGAAACGAGAAAUUCCAUAGAGCUUGGAAGAAGUUGUUUAAGCUACGCUGGCCCGAGCUCGUUGAUAGUGCGAAAUCUGGUGACUGGCAGCAAAUCUACUGGGAGAGACAUCUACAAAAUUGCCUCGAUGAAGCGGCUGAAGCAGCUCUCCGCCCGUUGUUCAGUGGUCGUAUAGGUUGUAUAAACAUAUCAGAUAAUAUACUCAGGUACAUUUGUCAUGAAGACCAUGCAAAUUUCCGAAAUUGUGAUUGCACUGAACUAUCCUUUCAUUUCAUGAAAUUCGGAUCUUACGCAAGAUGUCUAAGACUUCUGAAUGUGUUUUGUAAUACAGAAACUUGUGAACUGAUGAGGGCCUGUAAACUGCAAAGUUUGGUUAUCCGGUGGAUCAGAUCCGAGGAGCAUGUUGAGCCCUUGUGCAAGCUCUUGACCCAGAAUCUUGAAACAUUAAAUUCGCUAGAACUUAUUCACUGUAAGCUUUCUCCAAGUGUGAUGAAUGCAAUCUGCACAUCUCUUCUUGAAAAGGAUAUGCACACAAAUGGAAUGCAACAUUUUUCCAUCAAGACAUCGAGCCUUGAAAUGGAUCCUGUCUCAUUUCCUUCUGCUUUUAUUUCGUUUCUGAAAUCCGGAAGGUCCUUGCUUUCUUUAAAAUUCUGUGAUAGCCUCCUUGACGGGCAUUUUGCAAGAACGGUUUUCUCUGUCCUCCUUGAUUCCUCCUCAAACCUUUCUUCCCUCGACCUCUCGGAAAACAAUAUUUCAGGAUGGCUUUCAACUUUCAACUGGAGAUCUGCUGCUGAUUCUCUGUUAGCCGAGAGGUCUUUACGAUCACUACAUGUGCUCAGCUUGAGGGGAAAUGAUCUGAACAAAUCAGAUGCCGAGAAUCUUGCCCAUGCUCUCGUCCACAUGCCUAACUUGGAAACUCUUGAUCUAAGCGAUAAUCCCAUCGAAGAUGAUGGAAUCAGAAGCUUAAUAUCUUAUUUCACGAAUCAUCCGGAGUACCCUUUAGCCAAUUUGAACCUGGAGAAUUGUGAGCUAUCAUGUGACGGAGUAAUUGAUCUUCUUGACUCACUCUCGUUGUUGGAGAAACCGUUGAAGUCCCUCUCCAUUGCUGAUAAUGCUCUCGGCAGUGGAGUUGCAGAUGCUAUAGGAGAUUUCCUCGCAAGUCCCAUACAGUCUCUCAAUAUUUCAGGUAUGGGGCUUGGAUCUAUCGGGUUUCUUGAGCUACAGAGAAAGAUUGUGAAAGAGUUGAUGAUGCUUCUCAACAUCAAUAUAAGCAAAAACCGAGGAGGGCUCGAGGCUGCAAGAUUUCUGUCAAAGCUCAUACCUUUGGCUCCGAAACUCUUGUCAGCCGACACGUCUUACAAUCUCAUGCCCUCUGAAUCACUGUCUUUGCUAUGCACUUCCCUGAAAUCCACAAAAGGUGAUCUUGAAAGCAUUGACAUGACUGGGAACAGCUGUAGCUAUAGAACUGAUAAUGAUCAUCCUCUGUUUCAUGAGUUCCAACGCAAUGGGAAACCUAUCUUCGUUUUGCCCAAGUCCCCUGCUUCCAACGUUCCGUACGAUGAUGACCCUUAGGCCAUGGCGUUUCCAUGGCUCUUUACAGGUGAAUUCCAUCGGUAUGUUUGGUAUACACAUUGGUACGUUUCAUACGGUUAAACCGGCUGGUACGGUCGACUCGGUUAAAAAUUGACCGGUCCAGAUCCAGGUCAAUGGAUGGUCAAACAAAAAGAUCCGUAUGAGCUGUAACUCUGAUUUACUUUUGGUUUUCUAGUGUCGUGUUUAAUUUUUUUUUAAUAGAAAAGUAAUUAGCUUUUCUUCGAAAUCUGUGAAAUUGCAGGAUAUUAUAAUUUUUUUAUUUAGCAUGGCAAAACUGAAAAGGGUAAUCACUAAUCGCAUCAUGCCAUGUUUCUAA